AUGACUAAACUACGUUUUGGCUCACUUGAUGUCCGUGCGACUGUGGCGACUUUACAACAGUCGAUCGUUGGCCUUCGUCUCCAGAAUGUUUAUGAUGUGAAUUCAAGGACAUAUUUGUUCAAAUUUUCACGGCCGGAUAGAAAAGAGAUGCUGCUCAUUGAAUCCGGUAUUCGCAUGCACACGACGCUUUUUGUCCGGGACAAAUCGAUUACACCUUCAGGGUUUUGUAUCAAAAUCCGGAAGCACUUAAGAACUAGACGCCUAACAGGCGUGAAACAGUUAGGAUCUGACCGCAUUGUGGAUUUUGAAUUUGUAGCAGAAGACUUGGAUAAUACAUACCACAUCAUUGCGGAGUUCUAUGCUGCGGGCAACCUAAUUUUGACGGAUGGACACUAUAAGAUUUUAUCAAUCUUACGUGUUGUUCAACCUAACGAGAAGGUCAGGAUGGCUGUCGGGGAGACAUAUGACAUCGGGGCAUUGACGCGUAGCUUCGAACCUAUUACAAAGGAUCAUCUUAUCGAGGUAUUGCAGACUGCUGGACCUAAAGAUAUUCUGAAGAAAGUCCUUAACACAAAACUUUUUUACGGACCUGCUCUGACGGAACACGCGAUCCUAAGGGCUGAGCUAUCCCCAAACGCAAUUGUCGCUACUGAAUUUGAUAUUUCUGAAGGAUCUCCCAAUACUCAAGCGCUAUUUGAGGCGCUUCUAGAAGCUGACAAGAUCAUUGAGAAUGGAGGAGAUGAGAACAAGAAGGGAUAUAUUAUUAUGCUCAGACACAAAAAGAAGAAUGAGAACGAUGCAAAGGAGAAAGAGCUUGUUACAUACGAUGAGUUUCAUCCGUAUCUCUUUGCUCAGCACAAAGCACAGGAAUAUAAAGAAUUCGAAUCGUUUGAUGCUGCCGUUGAUGAAUUCUUUUCUGCCAUUGAAAGCCAGCGCCUGGAGGUAAAGAAGCGUGUGCAAGAAGAAAAUGCCCAAAAGAAGUUAGACAGUGUCCGAAUGGAGCACUUGGGCCGCGUUCGUGGUCUGGAGGAGGCACAACAGAUGAAUGUUAUGAGAGCAGAGCUGAUUGAAGCCAAUUUGGAGAUGUGUGACCAAGCAAUUAUGAUUAUCCGCAAUGCGGUUGCAACUGGUAUGGAUUGGAAAGAUCUAGCUGACCUAGUUGAUGAGGAGAAGAAGCAUGGUAAUCCGAUUGCGCUGAUGAUUGAUUCUUUAAAGUUGGAAUCAAACAAUGUGUGUGUUAUUCUCAGCGAUCCUUACGACGAAGAGUACGAUGGAGAGCAGUUUGAAGAUGAACAGGAUGAGCAGGAGGCGGAAGACAGGCACCAGCCCAAGGCCAAGUCUACUGUGCUGGUAGAUCUUGAUAUCAAUCUCACUGCCUUUGCAAAUGCUCGCAAAUACUAUGACGUUAAAAAGCAGUCGGCCAUUAAGCAGGAGAAGACCCUUGCUCACGCCUCACAGGCAUUUAAGAGCGCGGAGAGGAAGAUUAGGCAGCAACUACAGGAGGUCAGAAUCACAACUUCCAUCCAACGUGCUCGCAAACCUUAUUGGUUUGAAAAGUUUAUGUGGUUUAUCACCUCGGAAAAUUAUCUAGUCAUUGCUGGACGAGAUGCAGAGCAAAACGAGAUGAUUGUUAAGCGUUACAUGAAAAAGAAUGAUAUUUAUGUCCAUGCAGAUAUUCAUGGGGCAGCGACGGUCGUAAUCAAGAACCCCUCUGACAAGGAGCCAAUCCCGCCAACCUCCAUUUACCAGGCAGGCAUUAUGUCUGUAUGUCAGAGUAAGGCCUGGGACGCCAAGAUUGUCAUAUCUGCGUAUUGGGUUCAUGCGGAACAAGUUAGUAAAUCAGCACCUACUGGAGAAUACUUGACAACAGGCAGCUUCAUGAUUCGCGGCAAAAAGAACUUUCUGCCACCAGUUCAGCUUGUCUAUGGUUUUGGAUUUCUCUUCAAGCUGGAUGACUCUUCGAUUGCCAAUCAUCUGAAUGAGCGUCGUGCUCCCAGGGUCGAAGAUGCGGAAGCUUCUGAAAGCCCGUCUAAUGCUGAUACCGCCACAGUAGGAUCUGGUACAAAGAGUGAAGCCGAUGCGAAUGCAGAUUCAAGAGCGACAAACCAGGAGGAGGAUGAGCAGGAAUUGGAGGGAUCUGAUGACUCUGAUGUUGAAGGAGAGAAGUCACUAUCUGGAAGCGCUCAUUACACAAGCGGCAACCAGAGCCAGGAAGGAAGCAAGGAGGACUCCCAGGCUACGGGGAAAGACGAUAAUGACGAAUCGAACAGCGAAGACGAAUCUGAGACGGCAGAGUCUUCGGAUGAGGAGUUUCCUGAUACACAGAUUCAAUUCAGUACUCUUACUGCUAAACCUAUGGACAAGCAGGAAACACAACAGCAACCAGGACGUAUAAACAUGCCACCUAUUGCGGAUAAGUACUCGCUUCAGGACUAUGGCGGUGACAGCGAUGAGGAUGCAGAUGGAAAUGACGACACUUCUUCUCUAACCUCAUCCGAUAAGGGUUCACAGCCACGGUCUGCCUAUAUCACUGCUAAGAUGCGUCGCGAUAUGAGGAAGGGUAAGACUCCAGGGCGCCCUAGCGACGACAAUGAACCUUCACGGCAUGUAGAGACACCCAGUGCUUCUGCAAAAAAGACUCAAAAGGGAGGUACUCAGAAAGUAGUUGCGUCUAUACCUCCAGCAGUUCGUGGCAAGAAAGGCAAAGCGAAAAAAAUACAAGAGAAAUAUGCUGAUCAAGAUGAAGAAGAGCGCCAGUUGCGACUUGAACUUCUUGCUCCUGACAAAGGCCCUCAGCUCAAGGGUAGACGGGCUAAAAAAGAGGCCGAAAAGAAGGCUGAAAAGGCUGCCUUGGCUGAGAAGAGACGCCUUCAACAGGAGGCAUAUCAAAAAACACAAGCCGUCAAAGGGGGUAGUGGCAACAACAAUAACAAUAAGGGCAAGAAAGGCGGACUUGGUACGGAACAUGCAGCACAGCAGAAGCAUGACAUCGGUGAUGCUAAUCCAGAUACUGUAGCUCCUGCGUUAAGGACUGGCAUUGAUGAGAAUGAGGCAGAGGAAGUACGUCAGUUAUUGCGAGAGGAAAACAUAAAAGUUCUAGAGCCUGAAGAAUCUGAAAACCUGACAGUACUGGAUGGACUCACUGGCCAACCUCUGCCAACAGACAUUCUCCAGUUUGCAGUUCCGGUCUGCGCACCCUAUGGAGCAUUGCAAAAGUAUAAGUACAGGGUCAAACUAAUCCCUGGGACCACGAAGAAGGGUAAAGCAGUCAAGACAGCGAUCAAUCACUUUUUGACCAACAUCAAUGGUAAUAUAUCCAUGGAGAGUAGUAGAAGCAGCACAGGUAACAUCAAUGAGGAAGGUUUAUCAGGCCAGGCGCUUCACGACGCUAAGGUGGCCUUGGAGGCAAGGGAACGAGAGUUGAUCAAGAUGGUUAAGGAUGAUGAAGCUAUUAAUGUUAUGAUUGGAAAGAGCAAGGUUUCUGCUCCCGGGGUGGAAGCAUCCAAGAAGAAAGGACGCAAAUAA